UUUAGAUAUCUGUGGCUCCGCACUACCCAUUACUAUUCAUCCCUUUUCAUUCGGCUCCGAAGAAUUCGGGAUUGAGGUGGUUCCAAUUCUUCAAAAUGCGUUACAUUUCAUUUGUGACCUUGUUUCAUCGUUUGUGAUUACCGCGGUAAAUCGAACCCAUUCUAUAUUAAUAUUAAAAAUACAUUGAUUGACACAUAAGAUCGUUUAAAUAGCGAUAUAAUUUACAAGUUUAUUUAAACACUAAUCGUAGCCGCAUCUGUCCUUUUCCAAACUGCUUAUAUUACAGACUACAAUUUAUAGUUUACACGCUGGUUCUUGCGAUCACGUGUUUGUCACGGUGACAUUGAAGCAGAAGACUCGGAUUUAACAAGGAAACAUAAAUUACGAGACAAUGGGUAAUUUACUGACAUCCGCUGUGUCUGCAGCUGAUGUAAUCAUGCCAGUACCUCAGCAACAAGUUUCAAAACACCACUCUGGAAUUCAUAAAUUUGAAGGAGAACCUCCACCGGAAUGUCCUAUGCAUAAACAAUCUGAAAAACCACCUGCUAAAUACACCAGCGAAUGUCCUGUAGAUCACAUGAACCCGGAUGAAAUUAAUCCGCUCAACAUGAUGCCUGCCGCCAACCAGCAACCAGCCCCGGAUCAACCUUUCCCGUUACCUACGAACAGACAAGUCUCAUCUAUACCAAAGGCAACGGAAGAAAAAGAGUUUUGGGUGUACCCCUCUCAGCAAAUGUUUUGGAAUGCGAUGUUAAGGAAAGGCUGGCGCUGGAAGAACGACGACAUUUCGCCUAAAGACAUGGACGAUAUAAUAAAGAUUCACAAUGCAAAUAAUGAACAGGCAUGGCAAGAAGUACUCAAAUGGGAAGCGCUUCACGCUAAAGAGUGCGACUGUCCGAAGCUGCGGAGUUUCGGGGGCAAAGCCACCAAGUAUUCGCCGCGUGCGCGUAUUCGACAUUGGAUGGGGUACGAAUUGCCGUUCGAUCGUCACGAUUGGAUCGUAGACAGAUGCGGGAAGAACGUAAGAUACGUUAUAGAUUAUUACGAUGGCGGCCAAGUGAAUGAAAAAUACACGUUCGCCUUGCUGGACGUGAGGCCUGCUAUGGACUCUUUGGAAAACAUUUGGGAUCGUAUGAGGGUGGCUUGGUUGCGUUGGAGAUACUGUAACGAAUCAAAGGAGUCGGAGUGCGCCGCGAAACCUAACGAAGCAAAUAGUUAGAAAGUAGAUAGAAACGAAAAAUGUUAGCUUCCUCGUUACACGUUCAUUUUACAAACUGAACGUUACGUUCAAAGAAUGUACAGUCUUUAAAAAACAGAAGAGAAAUUGUAGUGAAACCAAAGAGAUAUUUAGACGGAAGACGCGCAUUGCUCGUGAUAUUUUUUACUACUUUAAAAAAUAUGUUCAGCCUUGCAAGGAAUUAUACAAACUUUGGACGUCUGACACACAUCGACAAAAUAAUAGUACUAUGAAUUAGAAAUUACUGUACAUUUAAUUUUACGUUACUUCUAAUACAACUUCACUUCGAGUUGAUCUCAAAAAAUUUAGAAACGGUAUACAAUUUAGAAAAAGAAUUUCUGUAUUAGUUAAAUGUAUAUUAAACAAAAUGGUACGCGUUAAACGGUGCUCGUUGAACCGUUCGCGAACCUACACUGUAUAAAUAUGUAUAUAUAAUUACAUAAUACAUAAGUAAUGUACAUCGAUUGCUUAAAAAAUGUUUGAUACAUAUAUAACAUUGGGUAUUAUAUCGAUACACGUGCAGCAAUAAUAUUACAUGGUCAAAAAACUAUAUCAAUUAUAGAGUAUUUAAUAUUUUUA